AUGGCUUAUCAUAAGUCUCCAGAGAGAAACCAAAGUAUUUCACAAUUAAUAAUCCCUAUUGAUGAGAGAUUAAACCUUUCUAUCUCGUAUUUCAACAAAUCAGGAGAUGUGAACCUAGACAAUUCAUAUUAAAAAGUACAGGAAAAGAGAAGUUUUUGCAGAAAGCUCAUAGCAACAUUGGCUCUGAUUUUUGCCAUUACAGUAGGGGCAGCUUCAACCCCUAUAACAUCCUCUCUUAACUUAAAAAGUCCAAUGUUAAAACUAGCUUGGAGAAAUACAUGCAUCUUACCUUACUUGACGAUUGUAGCUGUAAUUGAGCUAAAAUGCUUCAACAGAGGUUUCUAAUUUUUCAAAUUUCUAAGAUAAAAUUUCAUACAAAUGAUAUUGCUUGGGAUAGUAUCUAAUUGCAUGUCGCUUGGCUAUAUUUGGAGUGCUGAAUAUACAAUUAUAGGGCAUACUUGUUUGUUUGGAGGACUAGGAGGAGCUUUUAUUGUUAUCUACUGCAUUAUCUAAGGCCUCUUUGUUCAUAAGUAUGAAAUGAUUGGAACUGUUUUAUCACUAGUUGGUUGUGGAAUAGCACUAUUUGAUGGAUCAGCGGCAAAGAUAGAUGCGACAAAAUAGAAUAUUCUUCUUGGAGAUAUUAUUGCAGCUUUCUCAUCAAUAUUUUUGGCUCUCUACUUUAGCUUCCAAGGUAAAUAUGCUGAAAUAGUCCCACCUUUUACUUUGAUGCUAAUAAUUUUUGUAUUUGCCUCUGUCUGUGCGAACACUUUUGGAUGUCUGAUUAUGCCUAAUUUCACAUUAAGUAUGGAUCCAUACACUGGUGUAUUUGGAUUCUUACACCCCUAAAAUGUUUAGUUUGCAUUUAUAAAUCUUGGAUUCGUGGCUGGAUUUGUUUGCUUCUUUUUACUUGGAUUUCUUGUCAAAGAAUUUUCGCCUUUAGUAAUGUGCACUGCCUAUUUAGUCGAGCCAUUUUUCGCUCAAAUCUUUGGAUGUAUCUUAGGACUUGAUAAAAUUCCAGGAGUUCUUUCAGGUCUAGGAUGUUGCAUUACAAUUUUAGGUAUGUACUAUGUAAGCCUUGGAAAUACAAGGAGAUAAGAAUAAGGAAAAUGA